AUGAUUUCCUCACAAGAGACUUCUUCUUCCACUCAACCUAGUGCUGAUCUCGCCGAACGAUUUCUUGCAGCUGUUAUUCUUGGUGCAGUCGGAGAUGCCAUUGGCUAUCGAAAUGGAUCAUGGGAAUUCAAUACCGAUGGUGAGAGCAUUCAUUACGAAUUAAAGAAAUACUAUGGAAGUUUGGCAGGUAUUGAUGUGAAGGGAUGGCGUGUGAGUGAUGAUACAGUGAUGCACUUGGCCUCUUUAAGAGCUCUCAACACUUUUAUGAAACAUCAACAACAACAACAACUCACUUUACAUAAUCCAAAAUUAAUUUAUUCCUUUGAUGAGAAGGAUCCAAACAGUUGUCAAGAAUUUAUGAAACAAUUUGUCGAUCCACUCAUGCAAGAAAUGAGUAAGGAAUAUAUUAUUUGUUGGGAUGAUAUGGGAGGAAGAGCUCCAGGACCUACUUGUGGAAAAGGUGUUCGAUUUUUGGAGAGUAAGGGUGUGGAUAAGUGGCAAUUAUAUCCCUAUGAUUCGAGAGGUGGAGGUUGUGGUGGUUCCAUGAGAGCAAUGAUGAUUGGUGCAUUGUAUGGACCACAAAGACGUGACAUGUUGAUUGCGGCGAGUGUUGAAUCUGGAAGAUUGACUCAUAAUCAUCCUAAUGGAUUUUUAGGUGCAUUGGUUUCUGCACUUUUCACAGCCUAUGCUUUGGAAAAGACCAUUCCACCAGCUCAAUGGGGUGUCAUGUUUUUGUAUGAUAUCAUGCCAAGAACAAAAAUUUAUUUAGAAAAAGUUGCUAUGAGAGAUUGGCAAGUGAUGGAGAGUGAAAUCACAAAAUUCGAACAGAAAUUUGCACAAUAUUUGAAAGAACGUUCCUUGUAUUUGGAUGAACAAGUAGUUAAAUUGGCUCUCUCUGCCCAACACAAAUCACCAGAAACACUUUCCAAUGAAGAAAAACAUGCAUUGCAACAAGUCACAUAUUUGCAGCCUCAAUUUCCAAAAGAAUACGGAAUUCAAGAACGUGAUGACUUUUAUCGAAAAUGGUCUUUCAGUGGUUGGGCAGGUGCUUCCGGAGAUGACUCGUGUAUCAUUGCGUAUGACUCAAUUUUGUUUGCUGGACCCAAUAAUUAUGAAGUGAUGAUGCUUCACUCUGCCCUUCAUGCAGGUGAUUCAGAUUCGACCGGAACGAUUGCAGCGGCAUGGUAUGGAGCCAUGUAUGGAUUCAAUAAUGUAUUCAAGAAGAAUUGGGAGAAUAUUGAAAAGAAGCAAGAAAUGACUGAUCUUGCUGCAUCCUUGUAUGAGCUCUAUAAGCUUUAA